AUGGAGUAUAAAUUGCAUAACACGGGGCAGGGUUCGGCCGAGGUGUCGCGGAGUGCCAGUUUCUCGAAACUUCGCGAGUCUUUGAGGCGUUCGUCGGCGAAACUUUUCCAUCGGCUAGCUGGCCGCCACUCGGCAAACCUGCCGCCUGACGUAGACUACACCGACCCGGAGAGCAUGAAGCGCGCAAGCUCCCUGUCCGAGCUCAGUAAGGCGCAGUCUCCCGACGACCGACCUCGGUAG